AUGAAGAUUUGUGUUGCCCCGUCAGCUCAGUGCUGGAUCUGGCCUGCGAUGCUGAGGUGGCAGGGCACUGACGUCGUGCACCGCCACGGCUCGGACUCCUCCUCCUCCGAUUCUGGCCAGGAGGGCGCCGCCUACCAGACGCGCGGGGCCGUCAACGAUGAGGUAACCCCCACCACUCAGGACACCACCCCCGAGGUGAUUGCCUUGCGCGAGCGCCUCAGGGCAGAGCGCGCGGCCGAAGAUCCCAACGCCCCCUCGGCUGACUGCGGCACCUCUGGCUUUGACAACCCGCAGACCCGCGGCCUGGGCGGCACCGGCGCCGGCGCCGGCAUCAGCACAGGCACCGGCGGCGGCGCUGGCUUCGACGGCACUCCCAUGUCUGGCGCCGUUGGCGCGGGCACCGACUACGACAGGACACGCGGCACCGGCGUGGCCGGCCUGGGCGGCGACACCGGCAACAUCGGCGGCGCCGGCCUGGGCGGUGACCUUGGCAACACCGGCGGCGCUGGCACCGGCGCUGGUUACGGCUACGACACGCAGAGCGCCGGCAUGGAGGGCCCCGGCGGCGCGCGCCACCCGGGCAUGAAGGAGCGUAUCGCUGGCAAGGUGGAGCAGGUGGCUGACCGUGUGAAGGGUGCCGCCGGCUCGACCCGCGAGAAUCAGGAGAUGCGCCAGCAGACCGCCGCGGGCGGCAACACCUACGGCUCUGGUGACCCCUACCUGGGUGGUCAGGGGGGGACCGGGGGUGCGGGGCUGGGCUCUGCCAUGAACAACCCUGACUCGGCCUUCCCCACAGACAACGGGGAGCGCAUCGGGCGCGGGGGUGAGGACCGCAACCUGCAGUACUGA